AUGUCCUUCAACGAGACCGUCAUCCCUUGCAUACGUACCAGAAAAAGGCGGCUAGUGCCUCCCGAGAAAAGAAAAAAGGCUUCCUUCUCUUGCGAUCGGUGCAAGCUCAGGAAAAUCGCUUGCCAGAGAAGAGCUCCUUCCCAGCGGUGCGAUGGCUGCGAAAGAGCGGGUACAGAAUGUGAGACCACCAUCAAGAGGAAAAAGAAAGUCAAGGGCCCCAUCGAAAACAUUGGCCUUCACUACAAGUGUCUUUUGGCACUAAUUCAGUUUCUGUUCCCAGAAAUUGACGUGAACAACAUCGAUGCUUUGAUCGACUUGGGCGAGCGCAAUGGCGUCGUCAUGCCUUCACGGUAUGGUGGGAAAGACGACAAGACCUUGACCGACUUGUCGCUUCUAAUCACUUCGGGAAGAGUACCGCCUUCGUCUCGUGCGAGCUCAAUUGACCUGCGUGAGAGCCAGCCUGAGGCCAAAUUAGAAGAGUCAGACGACUUGGCGGGCGAUGUGUCGCUGGCUCCCACAGAAUUGCCUCCUUUUUCUCCAGAGAAAUCAUCUCCUUUGCCUUUCAGCCUGCCGCUUGUUCACCAAGACCUCGUUGUCACCGAUCAUCAUGGCAACAAGCAUAUGGUUGGCCCAUCGGGGUCCGCUGCGUUGUUUGACUCUUCUCUCAAAACGCUUCAGUCCAUGUUCAACCUUGACAUCUUCAAUAGUCCCUCGCUACAGCACGCUUUCAGAGGCAACUCAGUCAUUUCUUCCAACAACGAGCCGAUCAACCUCAAAGAACUUACAUUCCUUCACCACCAAAACUUUCCAUAUCUUGAAGACAUCUCUUUCGAAGAGGGAAAUUACUUGACCGAGUGUUUCUUUAGCAACGUUCAUCCAAGAAAUCCUUGCUUUGUUAGAAGGAUCUUCAAUCUCGACUAUGAGAAAUUCUGGAAUUCUGUCAGAUCGAAGUCCCCUGAUAAGUAUCUCUCGCAUCACACUAUUUGUUGCAUAUAUAUGGUAUGGCUUCUAGGUCGCCUCUUCAACCCAGCCAACAUACCAAGUGUUGAUGAGUCGGUUGCUACACGGUAUCUCAAUGUGGUCAAGUUGUGUCUUUCGGACAUAACUCUAACUCCUACUCUCGAUGGUAUCCGCACAUUGAUGCUCCUUGCCAUCUACAUGGAGAAUACAACAAAGAGAGAAUGCUCUUACGUCUUGACUGCCCUUGCCGCUCGCCAGGCAGUCACUCUUGGUUUCAAUAGAGAGGCGGUCGUCACGCAGAAUCCCGACGUGAUGAGGGUUGAAGAGCUGAAGCGGGUGUGGUGGACAAUCUUCACUAUGGAAGUGCUUACGAGCUGUCAGAUGGGCCGCUCCUCAACGAUACGCAUAUCCGAUGUAAACGUGUCGUACCCUCUCUAUUAUGAUGUUGUCAACUCGUCUGAAUUCCCAUCUGCUUACAGAGCAGUCCUCGAUCUCUCCAGAAACAUGUACGAUAUCUUGAAGUAUCGUCAGGUCGUUAACAGAAAUGAAGAUUUAUUGUCGAAAGAGAAUCUCGAAAGAGCUGUUCUUCUUGACAGGCAGCUUUCUUGCACGAUGCUGAAGGUUGAUCCCGCUUUACUUAACCUUUCAAUGAUUUCUGAUUACAAGAUCCACUUGCUUAUGCGGUUCCACUAUUACAGAAUCCUGUUGAUUCUACCCACCUUUCUUAGAGUGGCACAAGCACCUCAAUGCUGGGCCAACCCCGAACUACAAACGCUCGUAUCCCUGUGCCUAAGCCUGUGUAUCGCAUCUGCUAAUGUCGCCCAGGCAAGCUGUACCUCCAAUAUCUUGAACGGAACGGUUCAUGCAGACAUUUUCUUCACUUUCCACGCCGUUAUGGGACUCAUCGUGGGAUUUUGUCUUUUGAGUGAUUCAGAAGUCUCCAAAAUUAUGAGAGUUGGCGUGGAGAUUGAGGAACUCGAGCAUGCUAUUGAUAAAGUGCGCCAACUUGCAUUGAAAGACAAUUCGAGUUAUCUGGGUACAUCGCACAAAUUGAGCAAAUUCAUUGAUGCUCUAAUCUGCGGCUAUGAGUACAUUAAGACACAGCGUCAUCAUCGGAACACCCAUGGCUCUGUUGAGCCUUGCAGCGGUGCUCAUGGAACUGUGCUGGACAUGUUUGCAGCCACCAAAACCAAAGUGAAGGUUGAAGAAGAUAUGUUCGACCAGACGUUUGACGAAUACUUCAUACGUCCGGGGCGUGGAGAGCUCAGCGACAGCCACCCACCAUACGAGGAGAAUGCUCCUUUUGGAGAUAUUGGGUUUGGCUUCCCAGGGCAAGAGCGGUUCAUUUCUGACGGAGUUAUUCCAAACGAAUUUUGA